UCAUGGACCGCUGUAGUCGCUGUGAGGUUUGGGUUUGUCGGUACCGCCGUAUCUCUUUACAGCAGACGUUCUCCCCCGGGCUCCGCGCUGUUGCACAUUCACUGCAGGUGCACCGUCCCACGUGUGAACAUAUUGUAAAGUAAAAGUGUUGCUUGAGUCAACAAUGGAAGCGUCCAACAGCUCUCUCAGUCAGCAGCUCCCCGGUCCAGAACUCAUGAGUGACGUUCAGAAGCUUCCUGCAGCCGUUGUUGUCCUGGUUCUGGAGGAACGGAGACAAACGCUCGUUGAUAAACUGGUCUCCACGCCAGAACCAGCACCGCGCAGGUUUUCCCAUCAGCCUUUAACACGUGUGGCGUCUGUGGAGGGAGGAGCAGCAGAGGCUGCAGAGAGCAGCAGGAGGAAAGAAGCAACAGGAAGUAACAUUAGUCUGUCAAUCAACACCACUCUGAUCAUCCCAACCUUUAUUCCAUGAAAAUAGAUGUUAUCUGUAAUAAGUAGAUAAAGUUGUGAUCCAGUGAAACGACCAGCAGCUCUUCCUGCUGCUGCUCCCUCAGACAGUCCACACCAGAUCCUGGAGCAGAAGAUGUUCAGCAUCGUUAUGUCAGAUAUCACAUCUCACAAUCAACAAGACCAAACUGCUGCUUUCCUUCAUGAAGAUGCUCCAAACACUGUAAAAUAAGUCACAUCUGUGACUCCGCAGAGCUAAAAGUAAGACGUAUAAUCAUCUGAGAGAGUAAAAUGUAGUUUUGAACAACAAAGUACUGUACUUUGUUUACUUUCAGGAAUAUUGUUGAAUAGUGUUUAAUACUCUUAUUACUAUCAGUGAGAUGAUGCAGGUCCUGUAUGGAGUUCUCCAGAACCUCUUAUUCUACAAUCGCUUCUGUUUGAUUGUGAUAAGUCUGUCAUUUGUGUUUCAUCCAUUAUUAACAGAAAUAUGAUGAAAUAAUUAAAUAAUUCUGAUAGAAAUACCAAAACAUUGAUGAAUAUUGAAUUUGAUGGCAGUAACAGAACCAGUAAAAGUCCAGUCCUGCAUUCCCAAGUCCAUACAGUCUCCAUGAUCCCCCGAUAGUAAUCAGAGUACUCACCACUACUCUAUAAUACUUUGUUACCACAUUCCUGAAAGUAAACGUAGUACUUUUUUGGCUGUCGUUAAAAAUGAUAAUUUGAUCAAAGAGAUGAUCCGGUAUCUCCGUCCUGCGUUUAAUGUGGAAGCUUCAAGAAUCCUGACAGACGUGUUUCUGAACUGUGGAGUUUCUGAGUGAACGUGAGGGAAGAUCAUGGAAACGCCAGGCAGAAAGAACCGGGCCAGGAUUUGGACCAGGAACCUUGUGACUGUGAAGCUCCAGUGUUGCCCACCACACCCCCCUGAACGGAGGAGGAGAAAACACUCAUCUAGAUGUUUAUCUGUGUUUUAUUCUUUCUCCAGGUGGGAGCGCUGCAGUUUGUCAGAGAUCAGAUGUGAUGAUCUGGUCUCAGCUCUGGAGUCCAACCCGUCUGAUCUGGAACAUCUGGACCUGAGUAGGAAGAAGCUGCAGGAUUCAGAUGUGAAGCAGCUGUGUGUUCUUCUGGGUGGUCCAGACUGCAGACUGGAGACUCUGAGGUUGGAGAGAUGCGAUAUGUCAGGGAUCAGCUGUUCUUCUCUGGUCUCAGUUCUGAAGUCCAACCCCUCCCAUCUGAAACAUCUGAAACAUCUGGACCUGAGUUACAACAACCUGCAGGAUUCAGGAGUGAAACAUCUGUGUGUUUUCCUGGAGAGUCCAGACUGCAGACUGGAGACUCUGAGGUUGAAGAAAUGCAGCAGGAUGUCAAAGAUCAGCUGUUCUUCUCUGGUCUCAGCUCUGAAGUCCAACCCCUCCCAUCUGAAACAUCUGGACCUGAGCUUCAACAACCUGCAGGAUUCAGGAGUGAAACAUCUGUGUGGUUUCCUGGAGAGUCCAGACUGCAGACUGGAGACUCUGGGCUUGCAUAGCUGCAGGUUGUCAGAGAUCAGCUGUUCUUCUCUGGUCUCAGCUCUGAAGUCCAACCCCUCACAUCUGAAACAUCUGGACCUGAGUUUCAACGACCUGCAGGAUUCAGGAGUGAAACAUCUGUGUGGUUUCCUGGAGAGUCCAGACUGCAGACUGGAGACUCUGAGCUUGCAUAGCUGCGGUCUGUCAGAGAUCAGCUGUUCUUCUCUGGUCUCAGCUCUGAAGUCCAACCCCUCCCAUCUGAAACAUCUGGACCUGAGAUACAACGACCUGCAGGCUGCAGAUGUGCAGCAGCUGUCUGAUCUGGUGCAGAGUCCAGACUACCAGCUGCAGACUCUCAGAAUAAAACGGAGCUAAACAGACGACGGUGGAGCAGGUGGACUCUUCUCAGAGGAGACGUCCUCCUAUAAUCUCUCAACACCAGCAAAGGUUGAAACAUGUGGCUCCACCAACCUCCACCUCUCCUUCAUCAAACACCCUCGUCUGACCUUCUACUCAUUAUUUGCAAAAUGAGGUUCAAGAUGACUCCUCAGAAAACCUCUGGGUGACGUCACGGAGGGUUUUAAGUUCUUCUAAAUUAACUCGGUCUGUUGUUAGCACUCACAAAAAUGUUUUUGUACAACUUUAAAAAAAAUACAGGUCGUCAAAGGUUCUACUUUAGAGAACAAGGUUUGUUUAGAAGAAAAAAAGAACCGAGUCGGUGUCGUUGCUGUACAAGGAGAGGACAUUUAUUGAAGAAUUCCCAACAUCACAGAUGUGUGUUAUCUGAGGUCGUGUCUUUCAGAUUCCAGUGAUUCAGACAAAGUGAAUUCAUCCACUCACAUGCAUGUCACACACCUGUGCACUCACCUGCUCCCCCAGACACACAGGCCCACGGUCCAACAUACGUUCACAGUCUCGAUACGUACAAAAAUUGAUACAAAUACAAAUAAUACCACAAUAAAAACAUUGUAAUUAUUAUUUUUUUAAGAAAUUCUUACAGUUUAGCUAUGUUCUCUAUUCUGUAGAAAGACAACUAAGCUUUAAUAAGGGAGGAAUAUUUUUUUCUGCCCUUCUCUAAAA